AACUUAGUUAGAAUGUAUUAGGAGAGAAGCAUGUGAAGGAGGAGGCAAGAAGCAAGAAGGAAGUGUUGUGGGAGGAGAGAGGCAGAGGUGCAAUCACCAGAGUGGAAGCGCCAAACGGUCCUCCCCGGCUUUCCAUUUUUUCUCUUCUGAUAAAAUUUUAGUUCAUCCCAGUUGCGCAUAAUCACUCAGAUUGAGAUUGAAUUUAAAGUUAAAUUCGGAAAAACGAACUUGUGCCACUGUACAUUUACAGAUCUGCGGCUUCGGGCUAGCCUGUGUAGAUCUAGUGUCCGUAAAGCGGUUACCAUUUCACCACUCACCACUACGAAGAUGGAAAGCGAAAAGAAAUCGUCGGCAAUAUCUGAUGUGGGAGCAUGGGCCAUGAACGUUGUCAGCUCCGUCGGAAUUAUUAUGGCCAACAAACAGCUUAUGUCCAACAAUGGCUAUGCUUUCAGCUUUGCCAGUUCCUUAACUGGGUUCCACUUUGCCGUAACUGCUCUCGUUGGUCUGGUGUCAAAUGCUACCGGUUACUCAGCGUCAAAGCAUGUUCCUAUGUGGGAGCUUAUUUGGUUCUCACUGGUUGCCAAUAUGUCUAUCACGGGGAUGAACUUUAGCCUCAUGCUCAACUCCGUUGGAUUCUACCAAAUAUCAAAACUGAGCAUGAUUCCAGUGGUUUGUGUGAUGGAAUGGAUACUUCACAACAAGCACUACUCAAGGGAAGUGAAAAUGUCAGUGGUGGUUGUGGUUAUUGGUGUCGGUGUUUGCACUGUAACUGAUGUAAAAGUUAACCUCAAAGGUUUCAUGUGUGCCUGUAUAGCAGUUUUGUCAACAUCUUUACAGCAAAUUUCAAUAGGUUCUCUUCAAAAGAAAUAUUCAAUUGGAUCUUUUGAAUUGCUGAGUAAAACUGCUCCCAUUCAAGCGCUUUUUCUUCUUAUUCUUGGUCCAUUUGUCGAUUACUACCUCAGUGGCAAAUUGAUAACCAGCUAUAAGAUGUCUUCUGGUGCCAUUUUAUGCAUUCUUCUUUCAUGCUCACUAGCUGUAUUUUGCAAUGUGAGCCAAUACCUUUGCAUCGGGCGCUUUUCAGCUGUUUCCUUCCAGGUUUUAGGCCACAUGAAAACAGUAUGUGUUUUGACGUUGGGAUGGCUGCUAUUUGAUUCAGAGCUAACUUUCAAGAAUAUCAUGGGAAUGAUUAUCGCAGUUGUUGGCAUGGUAAUUUACAGUUGGGCUGUAGAGCUUGAAAAGCAGUCAAAUGCAAAGACCUUACCUCACGUGAAAAACAGCAUGACGGAAGAAGAAAUUAGAUUAUUGAAGGUUGGAGUAGAAAACAGUCCUCUGAAGGAUGUUGAACUUGGUGAGGCCCAAGGAUAGAUUGACUCAGAUUUGGUGGUGAAAUUGAUGAGAAAUGAAUGCAGGCAAUUAUAUUGUGUAUUGCUUUAUAAUUUGGUUUGUGCCUUUUAUCUAGUUUACAUAGUUGUAAAACUUGGUUUCUAUUUGCUCACACUGGCACGGAUCCAGUUUUAGAAGUUGUUCCCGUUCAUCAGCAAUGUUUCUUUAUUAGUUUUAUUUCUUAGUUUUGUUGUUAUGUUGAGGUUAUUUAUUUGGCCUGUCAGGAAAUUGCUAGAUGAACAAUAUGAUGGCGCCAUUAAGAUGUAUAAUGUGUACGCUAAUGAAAAGCGAUAGCAAAUCCCUCUUGCAAUUUUUUUUUUUUAUAUGAAUUGAAUUCUGUCUUCAUCUUUUAAUGUGAAAACAUAUUUUAUUA